AGUUAGCGUCGGGAAUGAAGAGGAAGACGAAGCUACCAAGAAAUCCCACCUUCUUUGAUAAUCUCCUAUUCACUCUUCGAAUCUUCGUUUCCCCUUCGAUUUCUCAUCCAUUCGCUUCCUCUAUCUAUUUAUUUAUUUAUGUGUAGAAAUAUUUGCCUAUGAUCUGAUACGAGAUGAAACUCCGCUUUUUUCUGGUUUCGUUGUUUGAUUUAUUUUUGUUGUACCACUCCGCGCUUGCUUCUCCCAACUAUCCAUGGGGAGUCAAUCGAUAUGGCGCUGCUUUCCAAGCUGCCGGCCGCCGUGUUUUGAUGUCCGAUGCUACCAAUGUGCCUGAUACUGCACUAGUGGCUGCCUUGGAUGGUACUAUUUAUCUAUUGGAUGUUGGUUCCCUGAAACCCCUGUGGUCAUUUUCGUCAGGCCCAAAUAUCUACUCAUCAUAUCAGGCUCCGGUUAAUCAUAAGGAAAAUGCAUCUGGAAUUGAAAGUAGUUACUUUAUUGAUUGUGGAGAUGAUUGGGAAUUAUACGCUCACAACAGCCUUGGCAAACUGAAACUUAUGAAGAGUCUUGAAGAGUAUAUAAGUUCUACUCCUCAAAUAGCAGAGGAUGGAGGAAUCGUACUUGGUACCAAAAAGAGCUCCGCUUUUUUAGUUGAUGCAAAGACUGGAAAGGUUAUCCAUGCAUACAGAAUGUCUGAUUCUCCAUCAACCACUAAGAGAAGUUUCAGUGAAUUUCCUUAUAAUGCUACUGUCAAUAAGCAGUACGAAUCUGAGACGGAGUCCAAUAUAAAGACCAACGAGCUACCUCUUUACGUUACAAGGACAGAUUACACAUUGACGUCGUUUCUUCCAAAUUCAGACAAAGUCCUAUGGAACGUGACAGUAGCUGAAAUUGGUGCUGCAUUCCUUUGUCAAGAUGGUGAUAAGUCACUUACUGAUACUCUUCCUGAUGAGUCUUUGGAGCCUGAUCUUCCUUAUAAGAUGCCAUUACCGUGUCAGUCAAGGGCACAUGUCUUUCGCUUUCGUAACGAGAAUACGUUCGAAACCUUGUCCUUGGCUCAUGGGCCGUCAAAGGCUCUUCAUCAUGAUAUGAUGCUUCCAGCAUCCACAGCUGAUGUUCUUCCGUCACAGCCAAAUGUUGAAAAAGUUCUGGAACUUCUUCCUGUGCAAAACAAUGGGGGUGUAUUUGUAGAUGGACAUGACAGUAAGGACAUUGAGGAUAUUCUUCCUUCGGAUGCAUUCAAUGAAAAUGGUGGCAUAAGUAGUGCGCAUGAUGUGGAGGUCCUUUCAGAUUAUGGAUCUGUAACACCUCAUCAGAAAUUAAGCACAUCCCAAGCUCUUAUUUUUAUCACUCUUGUAGUCUGUUUUGUCUACUACCAGUACCAGUACAGUGUGGUCUCUAGACCAAAAGCACUGGCUGUGCAGGCCACUGGUACGAGUUAUACGAAUGUACAUUCAAAGAGGAAAAAAUCUCGCAAAGCAGGAAAAAGCGGAAGUAAUGAUGGAAAACAAGAUAAGGAAGACAAUGAGGUUCAACACACACAUAUUGGGAGUGAUAAUAACUUUUGGAUGAACCUCAACCGACCAAUUUCUUGCAAUGAAGAUGGACGCAUGGUUGGUAAAUUAUUUAUUUCAAACAAAGAGAUUGCAAAAGGUAGUAACGGCACCAUUGUUCUUGAGGGGAUUUAUGAAGGCCGGCCAGUAGCCGUGAAGCGCCUUGUGAGAGCUUACAAUGAUAUUGCCGUUAAAGAAAUCCAAAAUCUUAUUGUGUCUGAUCGUCAUCCAAAUAUUGUUAGAUGGUAUGGAGUAGAGCAAGACCAAGAUUUCGUGUAUCUUGCGUUAGAACUCUGUUGUUGCAGCUUAAAUGAUCUUAUUGUCAUGCACUUAAAGUCCCCUACUCAUCCAACUUUUAAGAAGAACUUGGCUUUUGAGGUUGCAGCAGAGUAUUCAAUCCGUCUGGAUUAUAUGGAUGACCUUAUUCAUGGGUUUAACUUGUGGAACUCAGAUGGAUAUCCAUCACCUUUAUUGUUAAAACUGAUGAGGGAUAUGAUAUCAGGAGUUUCCCAUUUACAUGAGUUGGGAAUCGUUCAUCGGGACCUGAAACCUCAAAAUGUGUUGAUAUUAAAUGAAAGAUCUCUGUGUGCAAAGCUUUCAGACAUGGGCAUCAGCAAGCACCUUGUUGGAGACUUGUCAACCUUGAGUAAUCACGGUACAGGCUGCGGAAGUUCCGGAUGGCAAGCACCUGAGCUGCUUCUUCAUGGGCGUCAAACACGAGCAGUCGAUUUGUUUAGCCUCGGUUGUGUUUUCUUUUUCUGCAUUACUGGUGGAAGACAUCCCUUCGGGAGCCGCUUGGAACGCGAUAUGAACAUUGCAAAAAAUAAAGUUGAUCUUUCCCUGCUGGAUCAUAUCCCGGAAGCAGUUGAUCUACUCUUGCAAUUGCUAAAUCCCAAUUCUGAAAUGAGGCCAAAGGCGAGCGAUGUUCUUAACCAUCCCCUUUUUUGGAGCGCUGAGAUGCGGCUUUCCUUUCUCCGUGACACGAGUGAUAGGGUGGAACUGGAAGACAGAGAGGUUCAGUCAGAUCUCUUGAAAUCGUUAGAGAAUAUAGGACCUUUGGCUUUGGGUGGAAGAUGGAAUGAAAAGUUGGAUCCUUCAUUUCUUAAUAAUAUCGGUCAUUAUAGGCGAUACAGGUUUCAUAGCGUUCGUGAUUUGCUUCGAGUCAUGCGUAACAAGCUGAGUCAUUACAGGGAGAUUCCUGCAGAAAUUCAGGAACUAAUCGGAGCGGUACCUGAAGGAUUCGAUAGAUAUUUCAGGAGUCGGUUCCCAAAAUUAUUGAUUGAAGUGUACAAAGUGAUGAGCAAAUACUGCAGCAAAGAAGAUGGCUUUGCCAAGUACUUCAAUGGAAGUGACUUCUAGUUGUUGUUUCUAUUUUGUACAUAGAAGAAUAUGAUUGUGCAUUGUGUGUUGUACAUAACUUAGUAAAUUCUUAUUUUCUGGUGUCAA